CCCCUACGCAGUGGAACAUUCCAAAUGACAGCUCAACCUGGCUAGCCUCCAUGCCCGAGCAGACUGCAACGACCACGGAAAGCAAGCCUUUUAAAACAAGAACUCUGCGUUUUAUUUGUGCCGUUAUAGUCUAAAUUUAAACUAUUAAUCACCAACAUGUCUGCUCCUAAGAAGGGAGACUUGUCUUCAAGCGAGAAGGAGUUGUUUGAGGUUAUUACUGCAGGAAAUGUUCAAGAGGCUUCAAGGCUGCUGGGCUGUAAGGAUGUUCGUGUCAACUGCUUGGAUGAGUAUGGGAUGACUCCUCUCAUGCACGCUGCUUACAAAGGAAAAGCAGACAUGUGCAAGUUGCUGCUGCAACACGGAGCGGACGUCAACUGCAAUGAGCAUGAGCAUGGCUACACAGCGCUGAUGUUUGCUGGCCUGUCAGGGAAGACUGAUAUCACGUGGAUGAUGUUGGACGCCGGGGCGGAAACAGACGUGGUCAACUCUGUUGGAAGGACCGCCUCACAGAUGGCUGCCUUUGUCGGGCAGCACGACUGUGUCACAGUGAUCAACAACUUCUUCUCCCGUGCCAGACUGGAUUACUACACCAAGCCACAGGGUUUGGAGAAGAACCCCAAGCUGCCGCCCAAACUGGCGGGACCCCUCCACAAGGUCAUCAUGAGCACCAACCUGAACCCCGUCAAGAUGGUGAUGCUGGUGAAGGAGAACCCCCUGUUGGCGGAGGUGGAGGCCCUGGAGAAAUGCCGCCGGGUGAUGGAGCUCAUCUGUGAGAAGUGCAUCAAGCAGCAGGACAUGAACGAGGUGCUGGCCAUGAAGAUGCACUACAUCAGCUGCGUGCUAGGAAAGUGUGCGUCCUUCCUCAAGGACCGCGAGGACAAGCUGGACGGCCUCAUCAAGAGUUUGCUGAAGGGUCGGGACAGCGAUGGCUUCCCCGUGUACCAGGAGAAGUUUCUCAGAGAGUGCAUUCGCAAGUUCCCUUACUGUGAUGCUACUCUGCUGCAGCAGCUGGUGCGGAGUAUCGCCCCUGUGGAGAUUGGCAACGACCCCACAGCUCUGUCAGUGCUGACUCAGGCCAUCACAGGCCAGGUGGGCUUCAUGGAUGCAGAGUUUUGUACCUCCUGUGGAGAGAAGGGAGCCGAGAAGAGAUGUUCCAUCUGUAAAAUGGUGAUCUACUGUGACCAGGCCUGCCAAAAGAUGCACUGGUUCACCCACAAGAAAGUGUGCAAGAAGCUCCAAGAGCAGAGAGAAAAGCAGGAGGCAGAAUCAGCCAAACUGAGGAUGCAGCAGAGCCAAGAGGAGAGUGACGCCGUGCAGGAGGCCUCAGACUCCAUGCAGGAGCUCUCGGUGGAAACCAACAGUGAGGUCGCCCCCUCAGAAACCUCACACCCCUCUUCCAUCCUGGCUGCUGACAACUGAGGAACAUCUGACGGUCAGCAAACAGAAUAUAUCCAUAAACAGACAUCCACAGACAGAGCAAACUGGCACUGAGACCGAAAGCCAGACGAGGACUGGUCCAGCAGGAGAUAGGAACCCGUAUUUAUUAUCGACCCGAGACUGUCACAAAGGCAGGGAGACACCUAAAGCGUAUGAGGAAUGUUUGUGUCGUCGUUUUUUGUAAUUUUUAUAUGUUAAUUUUUUGGAUUAUACUGUCAUAUGUAAGUUUGAAAACUGCGUACUCUGAUGUGUUAGUGGUAGAGGCCACUUGGAGGGGGAGGGGGGAGGGGGGGAGGGACAUGUGAAUCAAUCACAUCAAUGGCAAUACUUCCAUUCACGUGUUUUUUUUGCUUCAGAAAAUUAAACUUCCCAAUUAAGCAAAAACGUUUUUACGUUCGCUAGAGGUGGUUUUGCCUUUGGCGCAAAAGAGUUGAUUCACUUAAAGGGAUAUGGAAACCCCUUUACCGGAAACGUUGUGCCGUAGCAAACAUUUAACUAACCUGACUGAUCGGCUGCUUCUGCUGUCGGCAUCUUAACGGAUAUUCCCAUGACGUGUCUUCUUCUCCAGACAGCAUGAAACAUGGUCAAUACCAGAAAUAACAAAUAAGAUUUGCCCAAUUCGGAGCCAUGGUGUCACUGCAAAAUAGACUCUGGAAGGAUCUUGUUUUGGUGGAACAUGUGUACGAUCAAAGAAAGCUCAGACUGGACAGAUAGUCUAGCUAGCUGUCUGGAUUUACCCUGCAGAGAUCUGAGGACCAGGUAACCAUAGUCCUCAGAAAUCUACCAGAGUUUAGAAGGCCAACACAUUGAAAGCUGAAGGUGCCGGCAGGCGGCACCUGAACAAUCUCAGAAAUGAAAUGUCGUUGAUAUAAUUCGCUCCAAACCAGUUGAUUCACGUUUCAAAACUUUACUUAGAAGUCGCUUGACAAUUGAAUGAAACACGGCUAAUGAUGGAACAUUAUUCUGCCUUAAACUGUAGCAACAUGUGUGGGAAAGAAAUGGCUUUAGCCAAUCAGAGCUGUUGUCUGUUUGCAAUACUCUAUACUUGAUUUAUUAUUGGGGCCGUUUUUUAUGUACUGAUAAAAUCAUGGCAGAUUGUGAGUAGAUAGCAUGGCUGCACAAUAUUGACCAAAAAUGUAUAUUUUUAAAUAGAAACAACAUAAACAUGAAUUUAUUUUUAGUGUAUUGUGAAAAAUUAUGUUAAUGCUCAGGAUUUUACCAAACGGUAAAAUAAUGAAAGGUUGUUUUUUUUCCCCCAAAAUGCAACAUCAUUUGUUGAAUAAGAAUGGUUGAACACAGCACAAGAACAUCAUGACCAGGAUACUUUGUUUUGAAAAAUGUCAGUAGUAUGGUUUUGAUAUUCUUUUAUUAAUUGUGUAGCCUCAAUGGACAGACGUUAAACUAACGGUCCAAUGGGGCUUUGUGUGUCCUGAAUACUGAUAAUAUCCACUAUGUCCAACAAUUUGAGCUUAAUCACAUUAAAAAAAGACCAACUUCAUUAAAGUG